GCCAGUAGACUGUGUUUCUCAAAAGUGAAAGUGCAAUCCGUCUCUCAGAGCGCAGACACACAGCUUCUCUUUACUCCAGGCCUUGUCUGAUUCUAGCAGUUUGUCAUGAUUUAAUCAGAGUGAAGUCAACAUGGCGACGGCGCCUCCAUUUCCGGUCUCUGUUGCUGGACCUUCCCCCACUGCAGCUGAUUCCACCAUCAGGAUCUUGUUGUUAGGGAGAAGUGGAUCUGGGAAAAGCUCCUCAGGAAACACAAUCCUGGGAGAAAAAGUGUUCAUCAGUCCAAAACGCUAUAAAGAGAAAGUUACUAAAACAUGUGAAGAGCACACCCGCCAUGUUGCAGGAAGGAAGGUGUGUGUGAUUGACACUCCAGACCUGCUGGAUCCAGAUGUCACAGAAGAUGAGCUCAAGCGAGAGAAAGACAAACUGGUGUCUCUCUGUCAGUCUGGUCUUCAUGCUGUUCUGCUUGUGGUUCCUGUUGGAGAAGAGCUGCAGAAUGAGGAGGAGAUGCUGGAGUUCAUUAAAGAAUUAUUCAGUCCAGACAUCCAGAAGUUUAUCAUAGUGCUCUUCACACGAGGAGACGAUCUGGAGGAGGACGAGACGAUCGAGCAGCACAUCCAAGAGCAGGGAGAAGAACUGAAGCAGCUGAUAGAGAGGUGCUGUGGACAUUUCCAUGUUUUUAACAACAGAAAGCUUGUAGAAGAUCAGGUUACAGAGCUACUGGACAAGAUUGAGAACUCAGUGAAGAAUAAUGGAGGAACAUUUGUCAUGGGCCAGAGGAGAAGGAACAGCAUGGAUAGGGAAAUACAUUUUUCAGAGGACACCAAGGGAGCAGGAACAAGUGAGUCGCAGCAGCAUCCUGAGGGAAAAGCGCAGCGAAGGCUGGUACUUUUAGGGAAAACUGGAGUGGGGAAGAGCGCUACAGGAAACACAAUCCUGGGCAGAAAUGUGUUCGCAUCUGAACCAAGUUCAUCUUCUCAAACACGAGAGUGCAGCGCAGAAAAAACAGAGAGGGGUGAUAAACACAUCAUUGUAAUCGACACACCAGGACUGUUUGAUACCAAACUCAGCCAAGAAGAUGUAAUCAAGGAAAUUGUAAAAUGCAUGACUUAUUCAUCUCCAGGCCCUCAUGCUUUCCUCAUAGUGAUCAGAAUUGGACGAUUUACACCAGAGGAGAAGGAGACUAUGAAACAGCUCAAAGAGGUUUUUGGUGCUAAUGCAGAACGAUUCACAAUGAUCCUCUUCACCUGCAAGGAUGAGUUAGAAAAGAAAAAACAAACCAUUGAGCAGUACUUAAAAGAUGGUGACCCAGAGCUGAAAGCCCUUGUGGAGAGCUGUGGAAACAGAUUCUACUGUGUGAACAACAAUGCAUCCAGCUACACACAGUUUAAAGACUUAAUGGGUAAAAUAGAGUCAUUGGUGGCUCAGAAUAAAGGGAACCAUUUCACUGAGGAAUCAUUUGAAGGUCUUGAACAAUCACUUGUGGAAAUUCAGAAUAAGAAGCUGGAGGAGAAACUGAAGCCUUACAGUCAGGAACAAAAGAAUCAGACUGAGUGGCAGAAAAUUUACUGGAGUUUACUGGAAGAGUCACGAUCUGAAGCUCAGGAAAUCUUAAUUGCUGAUAUGUAUAUUGGUGCAUUUGCUAAAUUGUUUCGAAAAAUACAGGUGACAUCAGAGGAGAGAGAGAGUGCAAUUAAGGCAGCUGAGAGCAAAGGGGUAAACCGAAGGAAGGCAGUGAGGGCAGCGAUCAAAGCCACAGGAAAACUAGCCAGACAGAAGAUGUGUGGGGUUCAGUAAAAAGAUACAUAAACAAAGUUAUUAAUUUAAUUGACAUAUUUUCAGAUCAAUUUAAUUGAAAUUUUAUUUCACAUUUUCAACAGAUAUUACUUAAAGAAUAGUGCAACAAUUUUAAGUUACAAACAUAAUCCUAGGGACUGAGUAAGAGUACCUUGACGGGUUCCAGAUUAACCUGCAGGUCAAGAAUGAAUAAAAGACUUCUUAAUAGUC